AGGCAGAUCAUCAAUAUAGAAGACAAGAUUUGAAGGGUAUCUAUAUCGGAUCACAGAGUCCACGGCACCUUGGCGAGAUGAGGUCACAGGGAGGUAUUUUCGUGCACGCUUUGAAUCUCUGGUUCGGAAUGUAGCGUACUGCAGCAAUUGAAUGUAGGGCUAGCCUGAACACACGUUGUGAUAGGCACUCAUGAUAUUGAUAGCUCUUCAAAUGCUUCUAGCUGUUGUCACAAUUUGCUGGCAAUCGUCCAUUCGAUGGGUCGUGGUCACUACCCACUUACCUGCUUUACCGCCUGCAGAAUUAGAUUGGGUUGGGCAAUCAUCCCCGUGGCAGACGAGGCUUGUGACCUCACCAAGUGACCUGUGGUUUUCACUUACGAAGGUAAGUAGGACAGUGGUCGCGGAUGCUAGCUGGUAUCACGUGAUCAUUUCCGUAUUGGGCAUCCGUCGGCAAAAAUGAUGCCUAAACCCCUCGCUCACGAGACGUCAAGUUCAAACUGACAAAUAGGGAGAGAA